AUCCAAAUGAUCCCACACCCUCCUCACUUCUAUUGCAUUCACUCAUCCUGAAGGAAGAAACAUUAACUAGCUAGGCCAUGAGAAUGGCCGUGUGUUUGGCUCUUUUCUUGGCAAUGCUUGAGCUUAGUGCCGUUGCCCUUUCAAAGUCACCCACCAACUUGCAUGAUGAAUGUGCAGAUGAUCACAAUGCAAGCCCUCUGAGCACCACUUUCUAUGAGAACACGUGCCCCGAAGCGGAGGUGAUCAUCUUUUCGUGGGUCGAGAGGGCAGUCUCUGAGGACCCGAGGAUGGCCGCUUCGUUGUUGCGGCUUCAUUUCCACGACUGCUUCGUCAAUGGAUGCGAUGCUUCUGUGCUUUUGGAUGACAUUGAAGGUUUCAUGGGAGAGAAGACAGCGGGACCGAACUUGAAUUCCUUGAGGGGGUUCGAAGUGGUUGAUGCUAUAAAAUCUGAUCUUGAGACUGUUUGUCCUAGAACAGUUUCAUGUGCUGAUAUCCUUGCAAGUGCUGCCAGGGACUCUGUUCUAUUGUCGGGCGGGCCUGGAUGGGAUGUUCUGAUGGGGCGGAGAGACAGCUUAGGCGCGAGCAGAGAUGCGGCAAACAACAACAUUCCGGCACCGAAUUCUACUGUGGAAAUAUUGGUUGCUAAGUUUCAGAAUGCUGGUCUCACCCUCAAUGACAUGGUUGCCCUAUCUGGUGCGCAUACUAUGGGAAAGGCUAGGUGUCCAACAUUUAGAUCACGGUUCGCAGGCAGUGCCAUCUCGACCGGUCCGAAGGUCAAUCUGGACUUCCUUCAGUCGCUGCAACAGCUUUGCUCAGGCCCCGAUAGCAACUCAACUCUAGCAGAGCUCGACCUGGCAACGCCCGCAACGUUCGACAACCAGUACUAUGUGAACCUCGUCUCGGGAGAGGGACUGCUUCAGUCCGACCAGGUUCUUUUUACCGGAGAUGGCCGUACGAGGCAAAUAGUGGAGUCUUACGCAGUGGACCCCAUGACAUUCUUCGAGGAUUUCAAGCGCUCGAUGGUGAGAAUGGGGAACCUGGGGCUGCUCACGGGGAAAGAGGGCGAAAUCAGAAGAAACUGUAGAAGCAUCAACUGACGCUUAGUUCGAAUAAACGAUGACGAUCGAUCCAUGAAUGUUUAUCUAGGAAAGGAAAGAGCUGUUAGUAGACAAGAAGAGUGGAUUCUUCUAAGACUAUAAUAUGUCAAUGUGGUCAUGGCCCUGGACCAUAGAUUAAUAUUGGAAAGAACCUGAGACGCUUAUUUGCUAUGAA